AUGAGCUGUUUCGGAACAAAUUUUGUUGUCACUGUUCGCAAACUGCUGCAUCGACAGAUACGACAGCACGUGCCAACCUCCGAGGUUGACCCGACCCUGUUCAAGACAACUUUGGGGCAAAAGUUUGGUCCACAAGGUUACUCGCUGGAUGCUGAUCUUGAAAAGUGUAGACCAAAGCUUUUCGAAGAGGUAUACGAGAAGAGGGAGGAGGGAAAGAGGCAAAAGGGGAAGAGGUGGAACGGAAAGAGGGUGGAGAGGGGCAGAAAGGGGAAGAGUUCUGCAGCGUUUUUCACCGAGCACGAUUGA